AUUAUCGUAAUGAAACCAGAUUCAACUUAAUGUUUAGCAAAUUGUUAGUUUCCUAGUCGAAAUUCCCGAUCCCAGUCUAUGUGUUGUGAUGAUGAAGACAACACACUCUUGAAAAGGUUUGGAGAUUGUUAGUGUGGAGUGAAGUGUAUGUGCUAACAGAUCUUUCGUAUCGUUGCGGGAUUCUGUAGUUAUUGAACAGUUCGUGUGAAUAGUGCUGUGAAAUCGUAGGCCCACAAAGACUUCAGUUACGGUAUAGAAGUUGAAUGAAUUUCGAAGAAAUGGAUAGGUUUGCAAGCAUUUCAAAGCUGUUAUUCAUGUUGCUCGCUCUUCAAAUUAUUUUCCUUUCACAAUCAUGCGUGGAAGGUAUCAAGUGCUAUCAAUGCAACUCAAUGACUCACCCCGAAUGCAUCAAUUUGGAGAAAAAUGACACAGACAGUUUCCACUAUCGUGAAUGCGAGGAGGAAAAAGUUUCUGAAAAACAAAUUUUCUGUCGGAAGAUUGUUCAAAAAAUAUUAGAUCGCAAUGGCUUGGUGAGAGUGGUGAGAAAGUGCGGCUGGGUGAAGCACCCGCGACUCGAGUGCUACUCGGCCAACAACAAGGACCACGAGGAGACCGUCUGCCAAUGCUUCCAAGACGGCUGCAAUUCUGCAACCAGCAUUACAGCAUCAGCUGGCGUCAUUCUACUGCAACUAGCAGCUAUCGCGCUCACUGCGUUCCGUUGUCUUUCCUAACAUCAUUCAACCCGGCUCAAAAUAAUUGAAAAACAAUUGCGAUAUACGGGUCUGGUGUAUUGUGAACUCAUUCAACCAAGUUCGGUGUAAUUGGAAGGACAAUAAAAGGUCCUUAAUAUAUGACAUGAAUAUUGUGAACCGCUAAUAUAAUUCCAUUCAUCUUCAGUACCAACUACUUCCUGGACACAAAUACGGUAGUGAUUGAGUAUCCAAUACAGCAGUUCACUUUUUCAAAAGAACUCCCUAAGGAAAAUGAUGCAAAAACAUUUACAAUACAACAAUUGUAUAAAUGAGUAGAAAUACGAUAAUGUUUCUGUAGUGAAGUUUAGUUUUAGUUCAAGUGCUUCAUUACAUAUGUCUUAUCGACUUGGACGUUAUUAUGUAUGUUGGUGUUCCAAUCUUUUGACGUUAUCUUAUGUAUCUUAAGGUACGUACAAAUAUAUGAGCCUCCAACCCGCUCCGCGCACGCUCCACCAUCGUUCCGCCAUCGCUCCGCCCACGUUCCUCACUCGCACCGAUCAUGAACGUUACCGUAGAUGUUAGCUCUUCUCGCGUUCCACUCUUGCUACCCGGUCGAUCAUCAAUCGAUCUGCUCAAGUGACGUUCGAUUGCGGAGCAGAGCGAAAUUCUGUACGCACCUUUAUGAUAUUCAUGGAUCAAGAAAGAUCAUUUCUACCAGGAUCAUCAGUGGAAAAGGCAGCAAAUUAGAAUUUACAUUAGAUAGAAAAGUAUAUUAGAAUAAGAAUUACUAGUGUUAAGGUCAGAUCACUGAAGGAUAGAACUAUGUUAAGAUCUAGUAGCAUUUGAAGAGUAUUUGGAAAUCAUCAUUUUUGGUCUUGAAGAGAGAGAGAGAGACCUUUAUGAAAUGAUGAGUUGUGAUUUACAUGUACGAUCAUCUAUCAUAUAACUUAACUAUCUUGCAGCUAAUCUAUCAUGUAACUGACGUAUACUGUAACAAUAUCUUAUCAUUCUCUCCAUUUAUCACGUUCAAGGUCAAUAAGGCUUAUAUAGACAUCACAAGCAGAACAAAUAUGGAAAAUCUCUAUGUUGUUUGGGACUAACUUUUUGGAGAGGAGAACGUGAUAACAAGACCCUCGUACUUAAGUGUGUACAAAAUAAACAAUAAACAAUUGCAAUUAGGUGCAUACAAA